AUGCAAGGAGCAAGAGAUAGUUGCAAAUGCCACUUACCAGAUGGAAGUUGCGUCGACAUUUGUACUGAAGAAGGAGCUAAUGCAUUUUUACAGUCUGGAUCCUCUGAUGAAUUUCAGACGUUUUCAGGCAAUGUGGAAACCCUGUCGCAAAUUCGCAGCAAGCGUCGAUUGAACGCUGGUGACAAACAAACAAUGAUCAUGCUAGGCUUUACCAUUGAUUCGCUUGCACAAUACGCUGACAAUCGAGUCUUUCGGCAGUGUGUUCCAGAAAGUGAAAUCAGGGCAUGGUUAAAUUAUACGAUUGAAGAAAUCCAAAAAUUGAGCACCAAUCGCAAUUGGAUCAGCACCGGAAAUUUGCAGCAACAUGAUGCAUUUGUAUUAAAUCCUUGUAUUUCCAUGAUGAUGCACGCUGUUCCCACAGUAAUGGUAUUCGAGAGCGAUUUCUUUCAAGUCCUAGCAGAGUUUGUUAGGGCACGCAAAGCGGAUGGCCGAGCAUUGCCGAGUACUGAUAUCUGUGAAACUAUUACCUUGAUUGUUUCCAAUGCUUACAUGUCGACUCAGAUGGCCUUUGACAACAAAUGGACAACAGAGAAGACACUGAAGAAAUUGGAAGCAACGGGAGUUUUAGUGGAGUUCAUUCGCUGUGCAACUGUUCCGCAACCGGGCGAACAGCAUGCCCGCGGCUUUUUUCGCAUGCUGGACGAAAUGCAAACAUGCACUCCGUUUCUCAGUAAGAAAUUUCAAAAGGGUGAACCAUGUGGGGAUAUCGUUCAUGCCAUUCUAGAGGGUAAAGACGGAAGCCGGACCAAGAGGCCAAGCCUCAUCAACAAACUCAUGACAAUUGUCAAAUUUGUAGACUCCAUGAAUACCCACCCGGAUACAGAUGCUGGUGGGCUCAACAUCAAAAUGUGCCGAAACUGUAAUAAGUCUGACCGUUCCGAGGCCUUUCAAAAGUCCCUCAUGCAGUGCGCUCGUUGUCAAUCUGCGUACUACUGUUCUAAGGAGUGUCAGCGGACCGAUUGGCCCAAACACAAAAAGACCUGCGCCCCCUCCACCAAGUCGCAACAGAAAAUUUUCCAAGCAAUGGAAAAGACGGUCAUGACCUUUUGCCAAAACCAAUACGUUCAUAUUAUGUUUCAUAUGGUAGAAGCUUGUGCUGAAUACGGAGUUACCAAGAAUGAAAUGUUGCUGGCACUUAAUUUCAAGGCCAAUGCGGAAGGAAUCGUUCCAGCCAUGCAAGAUCCGCCCGAAAUGAAAAUUGCGCCUGUUAAGGAUUACAUAGAAGGUACCCGACCCGCUGAACCAGAUUGGUUCUUCAAGAACGAAGACAACAAAAGCUACGAGAAGAACAUCAAGAAUUGCAUCAAAGCAAUCAAAGAUCAACAGAGUCGCAGGCUUCCAAAGCAUGUCCUCUGCUUGGUCAAUUAUGCGGGUGGCACUUCUUGUUUCAAGGUUCAACUAAUGGAGCCGGUACAUCGCAACGAAAUGUAUUCCGACGAGGCGUUCCAAGCUUUUGCGGCGUACAUUAAUGAUGACGAUGUUGGGCCACUGUCUAGAAUCUUUGGUCCAGCUCACUUGCGUACCGUUAAACAACAGCUCGGCAUUCACUACGGCAUUGGGGAACCCGAUGAAGAUUUGGUGAUGCAGACUAGACAAAUCUUGAAUAAUUACUUGGGAAGGGACGCAUAUUAG